AAAGCCCUAUUUAGGGUCGCUAUAAGUCAGUCCCGAUUUAAAGGCUCAGAACACCCAUGUGUGGUCUGGCAUGGACAAUUAAGAGUCACUAGCUUUGCAAAAGGUCUGCUCCUCAUUUGUUAAUAUCCACCGAUCUAGCUCCCAGAGGGGACGAUUUGGGCCUGUCAGUUCCAAAUUAUAUGGAGUGAUGAGUAUGUUAACCCCUAAAACGUUGACGUCGCAAGUUACUUCGCGCAAUCUCGUUAAACAAACGUCCGGGAACCCCAGCCUUUCUCGCCUCAUCCCUGACCCGCCGACCGGCGCCUAACCAGGGCUCACGAAGGCCCUCCGGACAAGGUUUUGGAGCGCGGGCGGCGCCCAUCGUGAUGCGGACGAAUCCACCAUGCCACCCUCGGCCGCCAGGGGGCUUCCUUGAGGCGACUCUGCUGGGUAUCCUAGCAACGGCCGAGCCAGGGUGUGACCGGCGGGGCGGCCUUUCCUAGGAGCUCACUUCCCAGGGUCCCCGCGCGGGGGCAGGGCCUGGCCUGGUGUGAGGGCCGUCGCUUGUUCCCCUCGGUCUGGGUCCGGGGGAGCAUGGAGCAAGGGCUCUCCGCCAUUACCCUCUACUGCGCUCCCGCCGCCGUCGCCGUCACCGCCUGCGCUAUGGACCAGGAGCAGCUGCAGGCAAAUGGUGACAGAGGCUUUGAAAAUGUGGAACUCGGUGUCAUAGGGAAAAAAAAGAAAAUUCCAAGAAGAGUUAUCCACUUUGCAAGUGGUGAAACUAUGGAAGAAUACAGUACAGAUGAAGAAGAAGAUGAGCAACAAGAGAAAAAAGACCUCUUGCCUUCUGUUGAUCCAGCAACGCUUACUUGGGGGCCUUAUUUGUGGUUUCAGAUGAUAAGAGUAGCCACAUCCACCCUAUCAGUAUGUGACUUCCUUGGUGAAAAAAUUGCCUCUGUUUUGGGAAUCAGUACACCAAAAUACCAAUAUGCCAUAGAUGAAUAUUACAGGAUGAAAAAAGAGGAAGAAGAGGAAGAAGAAGAGAACAAGAUGUCAGAGGAGGCAGAAAGGAGGUUUCAAGAGCAGCAGAAUCAGAUUCAAGAAGGGACUGCUGUUCAAACAGCCCAGCCAGAGGCUACAACCUGUAGUACUUUUGUGAAUCUCAAUUUUGAAACUGAAGGAGAUUGUCGGCCUGCUGUGGAAAGGGGAAUGAUUGGACAAUUUUGUCUCCAUCUGUUGUACUGCGUGUGCUGUGAGAAUGCAAGAAGGAAACAAUGGUGAACCAUCUAAAUGACUGAUGUGUCACACCGCUCUUGAUCCCUAAUUCAUGUGCUAUUUGC